AUGGAGAAGUUAGGUUUUCAUAAAGUAUCUAAUAACCCAGGAACAAUUAAUCACAAUCAACCUAUUGGACCAUCAAUCCAUAAAACCUUGACGGUAGUUAAUUGUCCCUCUAAUGCCAUUGCUUUGUCCAACCAAAUAGCUGUGAAUCCUCAAGAAUUCCCGAAUGAGAUCACUUAUACAAGAUUGGAUAAGUUAUUCGUUUAUUCGAUUGCAAGAGAUCCCAAUAUUCCUCCUGGAUCAGUUGGGUUGUCCGGAUCUAUAAGACAAUGGGGUAAGUGGUCCUUGAAUCAAAAGGUUGACGUUAGAACUUUCGGUUUCAACGAUUUCAAAACUCCACAGAUAUACAUAAAAUCAGUUGAAAUCUUAAUUGACUUCAGACAGAAAUCCAAGAGUCACUCAAAUCCAAUCAAUCAUGAUGAAUUGAUUCAACAAUUUGUGAAUAGUUACAAAAACCAGGUUUUGCAUCCAACAGAACCUAUUACCAUGGAUUUUAAAGGCCAAUACUAUUCCUUGUUGAUCAAUUCGAUCCAAACGAUGGACAUAAGUGGGAAAAAGUUUGGUGAUUUAGGUGAUAGAAUCGAUAAUAUGGGGUUAUUGAUAGACCAAAGUGAAGUUAAUUUCUACCCAUCUAACGAUUCACCAAUCAAUUUAGUUAAAAAAGAUAAUGCAAGAUUGAUGGGUAGUUUCAGACCAAGAGAAAACAAAAUUAUAGAUCCUGAUUUCAAAUUAGAUAGUUUAGGUAUUGGUGGUUUAGAUUCAGAAUUCCAGGAAAUAUUUAGAAGAGCUUUCGCUUCCAGAAUUAUUAACCCUGAUUUAGUUGAUAGAUUAGGGGUCAGACAUUGUAAAGGUAUAUUAUUGUACGGUCCUCCAGGUACUGGUAAAACAUUAAUUGCUAGAAAAAUUGGUAAGAUGUUGAACACGAAAGAACCAAAAAUCGUUAAUGGUCCAGAAAUGUUAAGUAAGUUUGUUGGUGAAAGUGAAAGCAACAUCAGAAACUUAUUCAAAGACGCCGAAGAAGAAUACAAAAAGAAGGGAGAAAAUUCAGGCUUACACAUCAUUAUCUUUGAUGAAUUGGAUUCAGUUUUCAAACAAAGAGGUAGUGGUAAGAGUGAUGGUACCGGGGUUGGUGACAAUGUUGUUAAUCAAUUAUUAUCGAAAAUGGACGGUGUUGAUCAAUUAAAUAACAUUUUGAUCAUCGGUAUGACCAAUAGAUUGGAUUUGAUUGAUAAUGCUUUAUUAAGACCUGGUAGGUUCGAGAUUCAAAUCGAAAUUUCCUUACCUGAUGAAAAGGGUAGAUAUGAAAUUUUAUUGAUUCACACUAAAAAGAUGAAAAACAACAAUUUGUUAGAUAAAUCUGUAGAUUUCCAUCAAUUAGCAAAAUUGACAAAGAAUUUCACAGGGGCUGAAUUAGAGGGUUUGAUCAAUAGUGCAACAUCUUUUGCUAUAAAUAGUUUUACAAAAAACGAUUCAUUAGCUCAAGUAGACGAUGAUAUUAAAAACAUGAAGUUGACUUGGGAACAUUUUUUAUUAGCAUUGAACGAGGUUAGACCAGCUUUUGGUGUGAAUGAAGAAAAUUUGACCGAGUUGUUACCAUAUGGCAUCAUCAAUUACAAUGAAGCUGUUGACAAGAUAUUGAAUAUUGGUGAUUCAUUUAUCAACGAAGUUAGUAAUAGUGACAACGAAAGGUUGAUCAGUUUAUUAUUCCAUGGUGAACCAAAUGUUGGUAAGACUGCUUUAGUCGCUAAGUUGGCAUUGAACUCCAAAUUCCCUUUCAUUAAGGUGUUAAAUGGAGACGCUAUUGUUGGUAUGAAUGAACCACAAAAGAUAAACUACAUUGAUCAAACUUUCAGAGAUGUUUACAAAUCACCUUUGAAUGUUUUGAUUAUUGAUAAGAUUGAAAGCAUAAUCAAUUAUGUUCCGAUCGGUCCAAGAUUUUCGAAUGAUAUUUUGCAAGUUUUGAUGGUUUAUUUGAACAAAAAACCUCCAAAUGGUAGAAGAUUAUUAAUUUUGUCUACCACCUCACAAUAUUCAAUUUUAAAAUCAAUGAAUUUGGUUGAUAUAUUCACUAAAACCAUCAAUGUCAACUCUGUCAAGACUUUAGAUGAAUUAAAUGUCGUUAUGAAUGAAAUUGAUUUUAUGGAUGACCGUUCAAGGAUUGAAAUUUGUAAUCAAUUACAAAGAUUGGCAAAUGGUAACGAAGUUAUCAAUUUAGGUAUCAAAAAAUUAUUACAAGUGUUGGGUAAUGCUAAAUUCUCCAAUGCCUCAGUUAAUGAAGUAGUUGAAAAUAUUUUAGAGUCUCACACUUAG